AUGAGGGUUGUUAUCGUCACGAGAACAACGAACCAGUUUUCCAUUGAAGUAGAUAGCCAAGAAAAAGUUGUUGAAAUCAAAAGGAAAAUAGAACAAAUCCUCGACGUCCCAGUGGCUUCACAAAUACUUACUGUAUCUGGCUGGGAGCUAGUGGAUGGGUUAGACAUGGAAGAUUACCCCAUCAUCACAGACGGUACAGAAGUUGACCUCACAAUCAAACCAGUGUCUCCACAUCCUUCCCACUUUAAUAAAAUCCAGAUCAUAGUGAAAUUUUCAGCACGACAGAUCAUCAUAGAUGUGGACAAGACAGACACGGUUCACAGUUUGAAGGAAAAGAUUCACAUCCUGGAUAACACGCCGAUAAGAAAAAUGUCACUUUUCUUUUCAGGUGUGGAAUUGGAUGAAGAUUUUCGGAACCUGAGUGAGUACGGCAUAGAUGAAUUUUCUGAGAUUGUUGUCUUCCUCAAGACCAUGAAUCGCUCAGGAGAUGAUCCUCCCUCGAGGAGGUUAAGUUUGGUGGUGCAAACUUCCUCUAGUUUACUUAAUGCAGCCACAAUUCCACUAGAAAUGACUGAUUCAAGUACUGUGAACGAGUUGAAGAUAAUUUUAUUGAGCAGAAAAAUUCUGCCACCUGAUGAUUAUUUGUUCAUACACAGGCAAAGGAUAAUGCGUGAUAGCCGUAGCCUUAGGUGGCAUGGGGUUGAGAAUGGGGAUUUCCUCUAUGUCUUUAAAGGGACUGUUAGUCGCAGUGACACUUUCUGA